AUGGCCGGGAGCAUGCUGACGUACAGCACGCUCAUGUCGGCGAAUGAGGGAACCGAGACGCAGGCCAUGAAGAUCGUGGCGAGACGCCAGCAAGAGAAGUUGAGGGGCUGCUUGAUGCUGCCGUUGGCCUUCGUGUACUUCGUCCUGUUUUGUACGUCUAUCAUGCUGCACGAGGACAUCUCCGAUGUGUACAUGAUUGAGUCGCAGCUUCGCGGGCAGAUGGACGACAUCUUCGGUGAAGUGGAGGACAUGGACUCCCUGUGGGAUGCCAUCCAGGGUCCUUUCUCCGAGAUGCUCUUCAAACAGACCGACAUGUACGGCCGCGCACUCUCAAAGAACACGACGAGCAACAAAUGGGGCGACUGGGGCCGGGUGCUUCGCUACAACCAAAUCCAAGGCGCGCUGCGAUUUCAGCAGACGAGAAACGUGUCUUCAACGUAUGGUAAAGCCUUUCAGUGCAACAGCGAGAUUUCCUGUUUCCUGUGCCGCUCCAACCGCGGCUUUCAACCUGCGUACCUCAACCAGCGGGGUAGCAGCGGCUUCGUUGUGGAUUGCGGCAACUGGACCUCAAGUCGAAGGCUUGAGCCGGAGGAGGGCAUCGAGCAGGCGCAUUUGGGCCGAGAGCUCUCGCAGCUUCAGCCGUCGAUGCUGACCUCGUUACCAGACGAAAAGACAGACGAGAGGGACGUCUUCAGGUUCUACUUAUAUCCAUCCGAGUCCGCAUCACGGACAGCAGAGCGCUUGCAGUACUUCCGCAAUCGUGUCUGGCUGGACAAGGAUUCCGAGGUCUUGCAGAUCCGCCUGUACCUGCUGAAUGCAGAGCUGGGCCAGCCGAACAUGGAGCAGGUGACCCUGAAAUUCUUCAUGAGCACUGGUGGAAGCAUUUACUACCAGCGCGACUUCCAAGCCGUCUUCUUCGAAGUCUUUCCGAACAUGUCUUCCAUGGUCGCAGAUGGCCUCUUCUUCUGUGUUCUCGUCUUCACCGGCGCGUUGCAGAUGGUGGUUCUCUGGCGGGCUGCUCGAGAGCGAAAGCUGGUGCAGCACUUCAUGGACAUCAGGUCUAUCUUAGAGUUUGUUGUGAUCAUCGUUGGCAUAUACUUCUGUUACCAGUUCUACGCUGUCUUCCAGACCAAGGAGCGGACGACGGACAUCGUCAAUGAGAUCCGUGCCAAGGGCUGGGACGUCACUGAUGACGACCAAUCCGUGAUCGAGCGGAUGUUUGAGAUCGGUGAAGUUGCAGCAGAAGACAUCCUCAGCCUGCGCUUAUUAGCCGCCAACUACACACUGAUCCUCACAUUCCGCUUCUUUGCGAACUUCCGGGCGCAGCCGCAGCUUGCCAUCAUCACGAAAACUUUGGGUGCGCUGAUCGUGGAGAUCAUUCACUUCAUUGUUGUCUUUAUUCCGGCUUUCUUGAUCUAUGUGACAAGUGCGACCCUGCUGUUCGGGCGCAAGAUCGAGGAUGUGUGCACCUUCGAGGGCUCACUGGGCUACAUCUUCCGAAUGGCGCAGGAGGGUGAGUUCGACUGGGAGAGCAUGCAGGAAGAGAACUACUGGUCUUCCGCCAUCUGGGUGUGGUCCUUUGUGGUUUUUGUGAACAUGCUACUGAUCAACCUGCUGAUCGCCAUCAUCUUGGACACCUACAAGGACUCAGAUCUGAUGAUGCAGCCACCCUCCACACCAACCACCCUGGCCUUGAGUUAG